GCGGUGGCUGCGGUGGACUCGUGCGCCUAAGGGAGGCCUGGUGCCCUUUCCCAUCUUAACGGUUCGGGGGCAGCUGUUGGACCCUCAGCGGUCUGAAGCCCUGGGACGAACCCGCCGCCUAGGGCUGGUUUCUCAUUCUGAUUUUCUAUUUUGUACAUACGUUGUUUUGUAUAUACUGUAUAUGAUGACUUCAGUGGGCAGUGAACGUACCCGGGGCACUAGGGACAAAAUGCAAAUUUCAACCUCUCAGCCAACACAACCACAGAAACAAGUAGUACAGGCAACAGCAGAACAGAUUCGCCUUGCUCAGAUGAUCUAUGAUAAGAAUGACACAGAUUUUGAAGAUAAAGUGAAACAACUUAUGGAAGUGACGGGGAAAAACCAGGAUGAGUGCAUAGUGGCACUACAUGAUUGUAACGGGGACGUGAACAGAGCAAUUAACAUAUUGCUGGAAGGAAGUUCAGACACGACUUCUUGGGAGACUGUAGGGGGAAAGAAGAAAAGCCUUGGAAAAGAAGGUUUGGAAAACAAAGAGAACAGAGAGAAACGAGGAGACAGAGAAAUGAUCCGUGGAUGGGGAAGUUCCAACAGAUGGGGAAGAGGAGGCAGCCGUGGCCGAGAGUUCAGAGCUGAAGAGAAUGGAGUGGACAGCAAUCAAGGAGACAGGCCUUCAGACCGUGGGAAACGUGGCUGUGGGAGAGGGUUUGGACGUGGCAGAGGGAGAGGAGCAGGGAGGUUUUCAGCCCAAAGCAUGGGGACAUUUAACCCUGCAGACUAUAUGGAGUCUUCUGCCACUGGUGGCUUUGGAACAAAAUCAGAGAUUUGGGAGACUGGUCAGAAUGAUGCAGAUGAUGGAACUGGAGCAUGGAAAAACUCAGUAGAAGAAUGGACUGCAGAAGAUUGGAAUGAAGAUCUUUCUGAAACAAAAGUCUUCACUGCUUCCUCUGUUCCAGCUGAGAAUCAUGUGACUCCUAAGCAAAGCAUUGAUUUGGUAACACUGCUUCAGAAGCCCGAAAAACCUAUGACCCUUACACAAGAGACAGAAGGCAACUCAUUUGAGGCUCCCCAGCAACAGACCUUUGGCCAAGCCCUAGUCUUCACAAAUUCUCAGCACAGCACCCAGGUGGCAACAGGAACUGGCAGCUCCAGUUCUGUAAACUCUUAUUCUCCUCCAAGUCUGUCUGCAGUUCUUUGUUCUGGCUUUGGAGAACAUGGGUCUCCGAAAUUGACAAACUCUACUGGAUCCCUAAUCUUGGACCAAUUGAAAUCUCCAGGUUUGGGUCAGUUUACCUCUCAACAAAACAAUAAUAGUUCUACUACCACCACCACAUCAUCCUGGGAUCGAAAACUGCCCAUUACCCAAGCCUCAGUCCUUAGUCAGUUUGACUUGAAAUCGCAGCCUCAACCAUCCCCAGUUCUAAGCCAUCUGACCCAGAGACAGCAACAACAAACACAGACAGCCCCUGUUCCUUCUCCUGGGCUGGAGUCCUCCUCCCAGGUAAAACUCCACGAGCCAUCACCAGUAGACACCUCUACCGCUGUUAGCAAAAUGUUACAGCUCCCCACUAUAUCUAUGGAUAACCAGGAAGUGACUGCCCAUCAAACCCAGCAGAAGCAGAUAAAACCACCAAAACGGAGGAUAACUCCAGCAUCCAAGAUUCCUGCCUCUGCAGUGGAGAUGCCUGGAUCAGCAGAUAUGACAGGAUUAAAUGUUCAGUUUGGAGCUUUGGAGUUUGGAUCAGAGUCUAUGCUCACAGAAUUUGGAUCAACUUCAAGCAGUGAGAAUACCAGCCAGGCAACCAACAAUAGCUUGUAUUCAAAAUCUGUCAAUGAUCCUUUGAAUACCUCUCUGCCAAUAUCCAAUACAGUACAGGAGUCCACCUACACAGCCUCUGAUGUCAGUUCUUCCAGUCUGACCUGCUCAUCCCAGAGCACUAGCCCAGUAACAACUUCCUCCUAUGAGCAGACUUCUGUGCUUGGUAGGAUAGUAUACCAAAGCUCCAUGGCUCCAUCUGAACCAACCCCUGUUGCAGUUACAAAUGGGCACAGCAGUGUUAGAACACAGGCAACUCUUGUCACUACUUCAUCAGUUCCUGCACUUAAGACAGAGCCUUCUCCCUCACUACCUUCUGCUGGUUCUCUGCCCAGCAUGGUGUCCACUACUGCUUCACUUCUGCCUUCAGCAUCGCAGCAUGCAGGAACUUUUCCCAGCUUGCCUCAGUCCAGUGAUCUGGCCAGCAGCUCACUCUCACAGUUAAGCAGCUCCCUUUCCAAUCAUCAGAGCAGCCUCUCCCCUGCCUCAGUGUUGUCUUCAAGCACAUCACAUGUGCACACUAGUGUUGAGAACACAACUUCGCUUCAGCCUUCAACAACUUUUUCAACUGCUUCAACCUCAGCCACUAGCACCACCUCUUCGGUUGUCAGCAUGGCAAGCAGUAUGAACACUACAGCUAGCCUUAGUCUGAGUGUUACCAGUGUGUCUGCUACCACACGGGCAGCUCCCUUAAUGUCUUCAGGCAAAGCUCCCCCAAAUCUGCCUCAAGGUGUACCACCCUUGUUGCAUAACCAGUAUAUUGUGGGACCUGGAGGACUUCUGCCUGCCUACCCACAGAUUUAUGGUUAUGAUGAUCUCCAGAUGCUUCAAUCCAGGCUGCCAAUGAAAACAGAGCAUGUUAAAACCUUUAGACUACAUCCACAUUGUGAUUAUGGUCCUGGCUUGAACCUAGAUCUUUGGCCCCUGAUGGUCUGUUGCUCUUCCAGACAGUCUCGCUGGAAUAUGACAGCUCAGAGCUGCGGGUUGGGAGGGGAUUACUACGGAAUUACAUUCCCUGCUCCUGCAACCUUGACAGGCAGAGAUGGAAGCCUUGCUAACAACCCCUACUCAGGUGACAUAAAAUUUGGCCGUGGGGAUUCUGCCUCCCCUGCUCCUGCUACCACGCUCACCCAGUCGCAGCAGAACCAGACUCAGACUCACCAUACAACUCAGCAGCCAUUCCUCAAUCCGACCCUGCCCCCGGGGUACAGCUACACUGGGUUACCUUAUUAUGCUGGUGUGCCCGGUGUUCCCAGUGCAUUCCAAUAUGGGCCAACCAUGUUCGUACCUCCAGCAUCUGCUAAACAGCAUGGAGUCAACCUGAACACAUCGACUCCUUUUCAGCAAGGGAGUGGCUAUGGGCAGCAUGGCUAUGGAACAGGCUAUGAUGACUUAACACAGGGAACAGCAGCUGGAGAUUACAGCAAAGGAGGCUACAGUGGGUCAUCUCAAGCACAAAACAAAUCUGCUGGCACUGGACCUGGGAAAGGUGUUUCUGUGACCUCAAGUAACACGGGUGUGCCUGAUAUCAGUGGCUCAGUCUAUAACAAGACUCAGACAUUUGACAAACAGGGAUUCCAUGCUGGCACGCCACCUUCUUUUAGCCUACCCUCUGCUAUUGGAUCAACUGGGCUGAACCCUGGUGCUGCCCCAGGUUAUGCUCCAGCCCCGUUUCUCCAUAUCCUCCCUGCACAUCAGCAGCCUCAUUCCCAGAUGCUGCAUCACCACCUUCAGCAAGAUGGGCAGGGUGGAUCUGGCCAACGCAAUCAACCCAGCACCAUGCAGCAAAAGUCUCAGGCUACCAAAACCUAUGGCACUUCUCCAUAUUGGACAAACUAAAUCCAGAACUGGGGAGGGGGGAGAGAAUGAAAGGAGAGGAGGCAAACAAAAAAAAGAAAAAAAGAAAAAGCUGACCCCCAUUCCUAGAAUUAUUAGGAGCAAUUACUGCUCAGCCAAAUGUCUGUGUGGGGAGUACUGCAGCCAGGCAGCCUUUCUAGGUGUGACUUGCCUGCUUCCUCUUGAAGUUGCUGUUGUAUGUAAUAUAUUUAUGUAUGUAUUUGUAAAUGCAAUAGAGGCUAAAUGUGGUUUUCUGCAUCUUUCAGCCUGUUUUAUUUUCUUUGUGGGGAAACUUAUGAAUUUCCCAUCUGCACCAGAUCAUCCUUCCUUGUUUUUUUAAGCUUUAUAACUCUGUCAAAAGACAAACUGUGCCUUUUUUUUUUUUUUUUUUUUUUUAAGCUGGAGCCCAUUUAUUUAAUGCGAUUCAAAAUUCAGGCAAAUAAGACCUGCCUUCCCCCUCCCAAAAAAAAAAAAAAUAUUUAAGAUGUGUCCUGUUGGUUUGAUUUCUGCCCUUAGCCCCCAAUAUAGCUGUUACUUUGAAGAGAUAAAAAAGGGGCUGGGAGAAGGGAAAAAAAAAGUUUUGUGGAUCUUCCUCUUUCUUUCAUCUCCUCAUUCCUUCCUGCUGUGGAAGAUGAACAAGAUGAACUCUUGUGGGCAGUUUGUUCACUGUGGCCCUGAACUGUAUUCUCACCUUUUUCCCCCCGCUUUUUUAAUAAUAAAGGCCUUUUUUUUGUUUGUGGUUUUUGUUUGUGGGUUUUUUUUGGGGGGGGGGUGGUUGGUUGUGUGUUUUGGUAUUGGGUUGGGGAUUUUUUGUUUCUCUAGCAAGAGACUUUGGAUGGCUCAGUGGGUCCUGCAACUUCCUUUCCAUCAUUAAAGGCAAAAACUAUGUAUUGGUUUCUUAAAUAAAAGUAUAAGCUGUGUCUUGUACCUCUUUUUGCCUCGAGCCACCCUGCCCAGAAAAGUCACA